AUGGAUGCAACUGGAUCAUCAGCUGGGAAGUACUUGGUUUGGCAAGACUUGACGGUGGUUGCGCCAGCAGCAGCAACAAGUAGUGUAAGCAGAUCAAAGUUGCUGUUAAAUGGGGUUACUGGUUAUGCACAACCCAAUCGGAUUAUGGCCCUCAUGGGUCCUUCUGGCUCUGGAAAAUCCACCUUACUUGAUGCCUUGGCUGGGAGGCUGCCUGCAAAUGUUACAAUGUGUGGGGAUGUUAUACUCAAUGGGAACAAAAGAAGCAUAAACAGCACUGAUAUUUCUUAUGUGACUCAAGAAGACAUAUUUCUGGGAUCACUCACUGUAAGAGAAACUCUUACAUAUUCAGCUCAUUUGAGGCUUCCUUCCAAAAUGACAAAACAAGAGAAAAAUGUGGUCGUGGAAGAGAACCUCACCAAAAUGGGUCUUCAAGAUUGCGCUGAGACUCAUAUUGGGAACUGGCAUUUGAGAGGUAUAAGUAAUGGAGAAAAGAGGAGACUUAGCAUUUGUAUUGAAAUAUUAACACAGCCUCAUGUGUUGUUGCUUGAUGAACCCACUAGCGGUCUAGAUAGUGCUUCAUCUUUCUUUGUGAUAUGGGCAUUGAGAAACAUUGCUCAGCAUGGAAGGAUAGUCAUUUGCUCUAUUCACCAACCAAGUAGUGAUGUCUUUAAUCUCUUCAAUGAUUUGAUCCUCAUAGCAGGGGGUGAAACUGUUUAUUUUGGAGAGGCACUUAAGGCUGUAAAGUUCUUCUCUGAUGCCGGAUUUCCUUGUUCAACAAGGAAAAAUCCUCCCGAGCACUACAUUCGAUGUAUUAGUUCAGACUUUGAUAAAGUUAUUACAGCUCUUAUCUUAUCUCAAAGAAUGAAUUAUGGAUCAUCACCACCUUCAUCAAAUACCCAUAUGACCUUGACAACAGAUGAGAUCAAAGGAAAAAUAAUUAACAAAUACAAGGCCUCCCCAUUUUCAAUAGAUGCAAAAAAAAGGAUUCAAGAAAUCUUGCUCACUGAAAACCUUUCCACGAAAUCAAACAUGGGCAAUAGUAUUAGCUGGUGGAAGCAGCUGUGGACAUUGACCUGCCGAACUUCGCUCAACAUGUCUAGAGAUAUUGGGUACUAUUGGUUAAGGACUGUGUUUUACAUUCUAAUAGCAGUGAGUGCUGGUUCCUUCUUCUAUCAUAUUGGGACAAGUAGUCAAGCAAUUAUUUCAAGAGGAAAAUGUGAUGGUUUCAUUUACGGCCUCAUGAUUUGCUUGUCCAUUGGAGGCAUACCCUUUGUUAUUGAAGAAAUAAAGAUGUUUAGGCGUGAAAGACUUGGUGGCCACUAUGGGGAAGCUUUGUUUGUGCUCUCCAACUUCAUUUCAGCACUGCCUUUCGUGGUUCUCAUGGCUUUCUCUGCUGGAACAAUACUCUACUACAUGGUGAAAUUUCAUACCGGGUUCUCUCAUUACUUGUAUUUUUGUAUGAAUCUCUUGUGCUGCAUUGUGGUCACAGAAGGCACCGCCUUGAUUGUUGCAGCUCUGGUUCCAAACCUCUUGAUGGGUAUAGGAUGUGCUGCUGCUCUCACCGGUCAGUUGAAGAAUGACAUGAUUGGGAUUGAAUUUGAUUCCCCAGUCCAAGGAGAACCCAAGUUGAAGGGUGAGAUCAUCCUCCGAGAAAUGUUUGGGAUAAAUCCCGAAAGUUCCAAGUGGUGGAAUUUGGCUGCUCUUGCUUGCCUCUUAGUUGGUCUGAGACUCAUCUUUUAUGUGGCACUAAAAUACAAGGAGAGAUCAUCAUUUUUUUUCCAGAAACUCUAUGCCAAGAGAACCACCUUCCAAAACCAUGUCAAGGUAGCUUCAUUCAGGAAGGAUCAAUUUAUCUCCUCCUCGAAGAGACACCGGACUCUUACUCCGUUAUCUUCUCAAGAGGGUCUCGGAUCACCACUUCCAUAG